GUUUUUGGGGAUGGACGACGGCUCUGUAUUAUCAUCCGUUAGGCACGCAUUUUCUCUUCCUGUGUCGUAAGUUUCGUGAAAGUGUGACACUGGGAAAGCUGCAGCGGCCGUAUUUUCUCCGGCAAGCUUUUCCGGUGACCAUAACAGGGUAAAAUGGAGACAGAGGUGGUGGAUGCAGAGCUUGUGUUGCCAAGCUAUCUUAGUUUUAAGAAAGUUCAAAUGUACGAGAAAUAUCCUAAAGGCCAAGCCAGAGGCAGGCACUGGAAACAUCUGAAGCAGAUAAUUCAAGCUGAGAAUUACCAGAACUACCCUCCUGAUGAACCCAAUUAUGUCAAUAUUGAGUCACCUCCAUCUAUGCAUCCCUGCAAGAAAAUUUGUGAUAUUACUGGCUUUGAGGCACCUUACCAUGAUCCUAGAACUAAUCUUCGGUACGCAAAUACUGAGGUUUUCAAAAUCAUCAGAUCUCUUCCUAAUGAGUAUGUUCAAAGAUACCUGGCUCUAAGGAACGCAGCAAUUGUUCUUAAGUAGUCGUGUUCUCCAUCACCAAUUUUGAAUGAAAUCUUUAGAAUGUGAAUGGGUCUCACUAUCACGGCAUUCUCUCAACUCAUCUGGUGUCAAUCUGUCACCAACUUUGUAUUGCAAGAUUUGUGACAUAAUAUUGCGGGUUGGCCAGCGAAGGAAACGUGCAGCAUUUACCCAAUCUAGUAUCUUGAUCUGUGUUUUACAAA